AUGAGCACACGAUCAAUAGGAAGGCAGCGCAUCCAUUAUACAAACACAAUGUCCAAUAUUGUCGGUAUCGAGUACAACCGAGUGACAAACACAACAUCAACAGAUUUUCCCGGGUUCGAAAAAGACCAAGACGCAGCGUGGAACUUGGAGCGUUUCAAAAACACAUUCGAUGUCAAUAUUACUUCUCUAGAUGACAGAGAGGCCAACUUUGACUUGGUGAAUGUCGAUGCCUCUAUCGCCAAUGCGUUCCGUCGUAUAAUGAUUGCGGAGGUUCCAUCUGUUGCGGCAGAGUAUGUUUACUUUUUUAACAACACCUCAGUGAUCCAAGAUGAGGUACUGGCGCACAGAAUUGGCUUAACUCCUUUGAAGGUGGACCCCGACAUGUUGUCCUGGGUUGACACCUCUGUACCAGAAGCGGAAAGGUUCACAGACGAGAACACUAUUGUGCUUACAUUAAACGUGAGGUGCACCAGAAACCCAGAUGCCCCAAAAGACUGCACAGACCCAAAAAUACUGUACCGCAACGCCCACAUUUACGCCCGCGACUUGAAGUUUGAACCUCAAGGAAAACAAAGGGAGACUUUUGCCAAGAACCCUGUGGUUCCAGCCGAUCCUGACAUCCUGCUUGCCAAGCUGAGACCUGGUCAAGAAAUCUCUCUCAGAGCCCACUGCGUCCUUGGAAUUGGGAGCGAUCAUGCCAAGUUUUCCCCUGUUUCUACUGCUUCGUACAGGCUAAUGCCUCAUAUCAACAUUACCCAACCAAUCACUGGUGAGUCUGCCCAGCGAUUUGCCAAGUGUUUCUCCCCAGGCGUGAUCGGCAUAAACGACAAUGGGGAAGCCUUCGUAAAGGACGCAAGACACGACACUGUUUCCAGAGAAGUCCUUAGACAUGAGGAAUUCGAGGGCAAAGUCAAACUCGGACGUGUCAAGAACCAUUUUAUUUUCAAUGUCGAGAGCGCCGGUGCAAUGACUCCGGAGGAAAUCUUCUUUAAGAGUGUCCGGAUCCUCAAGAACAAAGCGGAAUACUUGAAAAACUGCCCCAUCGCUCAAUGA